CUGCGUGCGAAGCAGGAGCCAAAGUAUAUGAGGCAGUUAAUGAGUUAAUCAAGAAGCUUCCCGCCGAACAUUCUGAAACCCUGAAUCGGGAGUCAGACUGGGUUCCCGGAGUAACGCUGACAACCAUGACGCUCACGGGCCUUGAGAACUGCGAAAUUUUGGGACCCGUUCAGUCCUACUGCAGAGGAAAUGACGACCUGACAUUGGUUGAGCUACAUUGCACGCCACUCUCAAACACCAUCAACUGGAGUAUGUGCAACGGUCGCAACGGGACCCUGGUGACAACCAUUCGCUAUGCCAGGAUGAGCGUGGAGUUUUUUACUGAACACGUGGCCAACAGCUCGGAUGUCAGGCUUGUAUCAGCGGGAACAGUGGCGCCCUCUGAGCUGACCGGCGUUUCUCUGACUAUGACAGGCGGCAGCAAGUUUCUUAACAAUGCCGCCUCCAUACUGGUUGCGUCUUUCUCGGAGGCAGUUCGGGAAAUGUGGCUUGGUACCCUUCCUGGGUUUGUUCUGGACGUACUUCACGACAUCAAACGCAAGCGGCAUGGCUCGUGAAUUUAAACACGGUGAAUAAAUAAACGCCUAAACAGCUGCUAUGUAUUGUCAUUCACAUGUCUGUAAUUCGCUAGAUAGCGCUCACAGAGUACAAAAUACGCCAUAGGAGGGAGUAUACGAGCCAAGCGCCAAAUUUCUGACCAAAAUAAAACGACAAUGCUAGAAUAUGCAUACAGUGCUAAGCUGAACAUGUACAGAGACAAUAAUCGCGGUAAAAAACGGACAGCUCAAACUUCAUACUGCCCUUACCGAUAACGACUUAGAUUAUUUUGACAUCAGGCAUGCCUGUGAUUACACAGUAGAAGAAACAGUGCUCUCAUGUGAUAUGGUUCAGUAACAUUACCUCCGUACUUUUCUUUUUUUUAUGCACUCUCCCUCAUGUGUUAUCUCUGCGAAUACAAUCUGUUCGAACUCAGCGCUG